CUGAAAUGUGUUGGACGUUUCUCAACCAUCCCCUCUCUCCCCAAAACCGCACGCCUCAUAUCAGUCGUACCUCUCGAUGAUUAACAUGGACAACUUGAGCCCCCUCCUGGCUCACGCCUUUUUCUUUGUGAUUGGCAUCCAGCUUCACGUAUUCGUUUUCCGCAAGGGUGAAUGGGACACCGCCACCACCAAGUUAAUCAGGAACUUCGCCUUGGGCGUAGGACUGCUUACAGCGUCCCUUGCCCGGCUGGCCCCUGAGACUUUCCAAAGCAAUGCGGAUGCGUUCAAAACAGCAGCUUCUCUUGCGGCCUCUCUCAUCUUCGGAACGUACAGCAGCCUACUUGUGUACCGCGCGGCAUUCCAUCGGCUGCAUUCUUUUGAUGGCCCUUUCCUAGCGAGGCUCUCCAAUCUGUGGAUCACAUCGAAAGCAGUCAAAAAAUUACAGUUGCAUCUGGAAGUUCAGGAUCUCCACAGGAAAUAUGGGGAUAUCGUGAGAAUUGGCCCAAGCGAACUAUCUAUCAACAAUCCAAAAGCAGUCAUGGCAAUUCACUCUAACCGCUCACCAUGCACCAAAGGUCCGUGGUACGAGGUGUUGCACCCUAGCUAUUCCUUGCAGCUUGUUCGAGACAAGCAGGAACACACACAGAGACGUAAAGCUUGGGACAAAGGCUUCAGCUCUAAGGCCCUUAGAGACUACGAGUUCCGGGUAGCAGAUUAUACCAACCAGCUACUUUCACAGAUCGAUGCACAUACGGGCCAGCCAUUCAAUAUUACGGACUGGUUCAACUUUUACAGCUUUGAUGUCAUGGGAGAUAUGGCUUUCGGGAAGUCCUUCGGUAUGCUCAAGGAGGGCAUCAAGCAUCACUUUAUGACCUCGUUGCAUGGAGAUAUGCAGUCUAUUGGCAUGUUUAGCCACAUGAUGUGGCUUUUCCCCAUUUUCAAGAAUACGCCAAUUCUUAAUGUCAACAGCAAACGAUUUUGGAACUUUGUCAGGUCCCAAGUGGAUGACAGAAUCAAGAACAAACCUGCCUGCCCCGAUGUAUUCUCGUGGAUCUUGGAAGACUUUGAAUCAAUCAAGGAGCCUACACAGCAAGACAUUGACAACCUGUAUAGGGAUUCUCACCUGAUUAUAGUUGCCGGGAGUGACACAGUUGCUGCGACGCUUACUUGUCUCUUUUUCGAAAUGGUUCUGUUGGUAACACCAAGGGAUAGGUUAAUACAGUUAACUGUACAUAUUAGUGGCAAUUGACAAAUAAUAGGGG